AUGACGACCAGCCGCCGCCGCCAUGCCCGCUCGCCGGCUGUCGCACCGCUGUACGACGACGACCUUCUCUCCGAGAUCCUCGUCCGCCUUCCUCCGCAGCCCUCCUCCCUCCUGCGCACCUCGCUCGUCUGCAAGCGCUGGCGCCGCCUCGUCUCCGACCCCGCCUUCUGCCACCGCUUCCGCCUUCGCCACCGCCGCAACCCUCCUCUCCUCGGGUUCUUUGACAUAUUUUGUAACAUCUCCUUCAUACCUACUCUGGAGGCCCCCAACCGUAUCCCUCCCGGCCGCUUCUCCUUGCAGCUCGACCACGGGGACGGCGACUUCAUGUCCCUUGGAUGCCGCCAUGGUCUCGUGCUCAUCUACCUUACGAAGCGCCUCCAGAUCCUGGUGUGGGACCCCGUCACCGCCGACCAGCACCACCUCGCCAUUCCCCCGGGGGUUGCGGCAUGUGGGGGCAAGACUCCGAUCAACGGGGCGGUGCUCCGCGCUCCUGGAGACGUCCAACACUUCCAGGUGGUCUUGGUAGUGGCAUACGAUGACGACCAACAACACAGACGAGCGCUCGCCUGUGUUUACUCGUUGAAGACCGGCUUAUGGGGAGAUCCCAUCUCAACACUCCUUCCAUACCAGGCAGUCCAGGCCGAUGUAUUCAGUUUCCCCACCCUCAUUUCUACGGAUGUCGUUGUGCUGGCUGGAGAUUCCCUUCACUGGGUGCUUGCUGGGAAUUUCAAUGGCAUUCUCGAGUUUGAUUUGGAGAAGCAGAGGCUAGCUGUGAUACGGCUGCCAGACGAGGUCAACUGCUGGAAGCUUAUGCGGGCAGAGGGCGGUGGGCUUGGUCUCCUCGGAAUGUCAGACUCAAACGGCAACACCCAGUUAUGGAAGAGAAAGACCAAUUGUGAUGGUGUUGCUUCAUGGGUGCUUGGAAGGACUAUUGAUCUCGAGAAUAUACUUCCUCUGAAACCAGAGGAGAAAGGGACCAUUGCGAUACUAGGGCUUGCCGAGGACAAUAAUGUGUUGCUGCUGUGGACAAUUAUUGGUCUCUUCGUGGUCGAUCUUGAGUCAUUAAAGUUCAAGAAGCUUUUUCAAACUAUGAUAAUUUCUCAGUAUUAUCCAUUUGAAAGUGUCUACACUACAGGUGCUGGUCUCGGGGAGGGGGGCGGCGAGCUCGAGCAGGAGGAAUAG